AUGGAGAAUGGGCAAGGAAUCAUAUGGAAAGUUAUUAUUGAGUUUAACCAGGAUGGUGGACAUUACCACCCGAUCAAACUUACUAAGGCGAUUGAGAAAGAGAUUGGGUUUCCAACCGUGUGUUCCGCCUCCGGCCCCACCCCGCUCCCAAGUGCUCAGCUGUGGCUCAUUCCGGGUAUCACUUGUGACGAGCAUAAAGGCUCCUGCAUUCAGAGGCUCGUCGUCAGUCCGUCCCGCUACCCGAGCUGGUCUCAGGUGCCAGCCCAAAUACUGAUCAAGAUGACUGCUGCUCCUUUCUAUCACAUCAAUACAUCAGCCGCCACCGGAAGGAACGUCUCUUUGAAUGAUGGCGAUGAGUAUGAAUAUGAGGACAAGUAUGCUGAGCUGAGACAGUCUCUCAACAUCAUGUCUCUCAUUGUUUACUGCCUGGCCUUUGUUCUUGGUGUGCUCGGCAACGGUGUGGUUAUCUGGGUGACCGGCUUCAAGAUGAAGAAAACAGUUAACACGGUUUGGUUCCUCAACCUCGCUGUGGCCGACUUCCUCUUCACAGUCUUUCUGCCCCUGAGUAUCACCCUCACAGCUCUGGAUUUCCACUGGCCUUUUGGCAAAUUCAUGUGCAAACUGAACACCACUAUAAGCUUUCUGAACUUGUAUGCCAGUGUCUACAUUCUGGUGGUGAUCAGUGUGGACAGAUGUGUGUCUGUGGUGUGGCCCGUCUGGGCCCAGAACCACCGAAAUGUACGCAAGGCGUCCUUUGUGAGUCUGGGGGUUUGGGUCAUGGCUCUGAUACUCAGCACUCCCUACUUCAUCUUCAGGGACACUGCUCUAUAUAAUAAGGAUGAGAAUGACAUCGAGUGCUUCAACAACUUUGCACUUUCUGACGACUACGAGAACGAGUCUGUGAUUCAGCUGCGACUGUUUCGUCAUAAGGCCAUGACCAUCACCAACUUCCUCCUGGGAUUUGUUGUCCCCUUCACUGUCAUUGUCUCCUGUUAUGCUGUCAUAAUCCAUCACAUCAAAAGAAAUCGCACCCUGGCCAGCCACUCAAGACGCUCCUUCAAGAUCAUCGCUGCUGUUAUCACUGCUUUCUUCCUGUGCUGGGCUCCUUAUCACAUUAUUGAUUUACUAGGAUUGGCAAAUUCUCUACUUUCUGAUCGAAGUGAGACAUUAGACCAUGUCACCACCAUUGGAAUCCCUAUAACCAGCAGCUUGGCCUUUCUCAACAGCUGCCUGAACCCACUGCUGUAUGUGUUUAUGGGACAAGAUUUCAAGGAUAUAGUGCGCAAAUCCAUCUUGAAUGUUUUGGAGACUGCCUUCCAGGAGGAGGUGUCUGGCCGUAACACUGGAACAAAGUCGGUGGACACCAGUCAGAGUAGAGAGAUGUUGCCCCGUAAUAGUGAAGUAUAAGGUUUCCCAUGACAUGAAGGAAAGAAUUCUGAAACUGUGGUUGAAUAAAUUGAUGUAUCAAAGUUUUUUGCUAUUUUUGCUAUUUUGGUCAAACUCUCAAGACAAUUUGUAAAGAUUAUCCAAGACUGAAGCCCUUCCACCUCAUAUGAAUUAUUUUGUGUAAUUGUGACGGUGCCCUGCUGUAUGUUUCUUGUAUGUGUCUAUUUAAUGGCAGGUUUCUGGGAUUGCUAACUGGAGACACCUGGCCCCGGUACUCCGAUUUAAAGCUCCACCUUCAUGGCAACGUUCCUGCCUGAUCACUCUGUGCCUCGUUGCCACUGUGUGUUGAUUGUCCGGCCAAAUCGCUGAAUAAAUGUAUUCUCUUUGGUUAACUGCCUGCGUCUCCCUCAUUCGGUCAUGUGUCUGAGCCAGUUCAUGACAGUUGGGGACUCAUCCGGGA